AUGUCGACUCUAACAGUAAAACCUGCUCCAAACUGUCACUUUUUUACACCCGAACAACCAGUUUUAGGUCAAUUUGUGACUUAUAAUGAUUCUUUGAAAGGUGAAAACUUGGCUCCACCUAAACUAUUUCACCCAUUAGCUAUCCGGGAUACAGUUUUUCCAAAUAGGAUUGGUGUUUCGCCCAUGUGUACGUACUCCUCAAAUAAUCAUGAGCCUACUGAGUUCCACCAAGUGCACUAUGGUGCCUGGGCUUCACGUGGAUGCGGAAUGAUCAUCGUAGAAUGCACCGGAGUGGACGAGGCAGGUAUGAUCUCCUCAAAUGACCUAGGCAUAUGGAACAAAUAUCUUGCCGACAAGCAUUACGAAAAGAUUGUUGAAUUCGCACACAGUCAGAACUGCAAAAUCGGCGUGCAGUUAGGGCAUUGUGGGUGCAAGAAAGAGAUGACCGCCACCGGGAACGAAAUCGACUCGUUAUACAAGCCUGCCGAACUGGACAAGAAAUCAAUAAAGGAAAUUGUGAGAAGAUGGGGCCAUGCUGCUAACUUGGCGGUCAACGUUGCCCAUUACGAUUUCAUUGAGAUUCAAGGUGGACACGGAAACUUGAUAAGUGAGUUUUUGAACAAGAACACGAACCAUCGUACCGACGAGUACGGCGGCUCGUCAUUUGCCAACAGAUGCCGUCUGCUCAACGAAGUAGUCACUGAGGUACGGAAAGAGAUCGGCAAUGGCGUGCCUCUAUUUUUGCGACUCUCAGGCACGAUGUCGUCGCUGGAAAAUGAAAAGAGCGAGGAGUGGACUAUCGAAGACACCAUCAACCUGAGCCACCAUCUCUACAAGUGCGGAGUCGACGUCGUGGAUGUGACCGGAGGCGGACACCAUGUGAAUGAGAUGACAGCACCCAUGGAGAGCUUAUCCAACAAGAUCAAGUUAAUAAAACAGAAGACAAGCAAGCUAAAGGUGGCCUCGCCGGGAGGUGUCCAUUCCGCCAAAGAAGCGGAAAAAUUGAUCAACGACGAGGACCUAGACAUCCUGCUCGUUGGCCGCCCAUUCUUGGAGAACCCCGGGCUGGUGAACCAGUGGUCCGAGGAGAUGGGCAUCAAGGUAAGCGAAGCUGUCCAGUACACCUGGGGAUUCUACCCAGCCAAUGAGCAUUUGACAAGGGACCCUGGCAUGCAGAAGUAA